UCGCGUGUUUAUUUGGGGGAACGGGCGGCGAGAGCGAGGAAUUUCGCGCAGACCCACACACAGAGAGUGGCGGCUCCAGAAAUCAAGGGGGGUGGGUGUUGUCUCAGUAACUGAUGUCGGUGAGCUCGGGUCAGACAGUCAUCAGCAGAAACAGGGUGAUCUCUCCCUCCCCGGGGUGAGCUAACAGGAGACUGCGAUUUCCAAAGGCGUGGGACUGCCAUGAGUCGAAAAUAAGGAAAGUUACAAGGAAAAUGUAGAAAAAAGACAGACGCGGAUUUGGGAUUAAGCAGGAUGAACACAAGCCCCAUCCUCUGGAUAUUGGCUGUCUUCUCGGGAAUUGGCGCUGAGACGUUCCACGUUGUUCAGAAACUUCCCAGAAUUCUGGUGGAGGAGACACAAUCAGUCCUCAUCCCCUGCAAAUGGACAGGCAAUGUCUCCCGGCCAAUAGGCUCUUACAGAUGGCAGAAGGAUGGAAGGAAUGGCACGGAAGUUUCUGGUCAGACGGCAGAGUACAGAGGGCGGGUGCACAGAUCCCAAGAGGAUUUUUUUAACAGCCAAGAUGCCUCGCUAUUGCUGAAGGAGUUGAAAGUGACUGAUUCCGGGAUGUAUUAUUGCAGUGUGAAAAUAAUGGAACUGGGUGAGGAAUAUGGAGCAGGAACACAGCUCACCGUGAGAGCGAAAACAAAAGGUGCCAUGACCCUAUGGUCAUUCCUGUUGAUCGGUGCUCUGGUGAAUGGGGCUUUCUUGUUCAUUUUUGUGCUCUACUGUGUGAAGUUACGCAGAACGAAAGGUGCUCAGUGGGCUCAACGACCAUACAGAGUUAUUUCAGAAAUUACCUCUGUGGAUAAUUUUGUAACAUUAUGUGCACAGGAUGGAGCACAGGAUCUGAUUGCCAAAGAUCUGCACCCAAACAACAGACAACUUCAUCAGCCAAUAUACAUUACGCAACGUUAAAGUUAGACGAGGCUGCUAAUGGAUCAUCUAUUCUGAACUUGAUUGUGGAAGGCAAUGAUUUAGAGCAUGAUUAUGGAUAUGACGAGCUUAAUGUAACAG